UUAAACCUCACUUCCACUCGUUCAGUGGAAAUCAGGUAAGGGUUAACUAUCUUUAUGCAUGACUCGCCAACUUUGAAUCGUUUUUAACAUGGUGUCCUUUUCAUAGUGUAUUAAAUUUUCCACGGUAUAGCUUGAAUUGUUCAACCUGCCACCCAAUUGCCUAUAUAUUAAGCUGUCUGUCUUCACCUACUUCAACAAGUUGAAUUUACUUUGCAGUUGAGCUCAAUAAGUCAGAAGAAAAAAAAGUUUUCUUUUUGGUUUUUGGACUGCUUUCUUUGUUGUAGGUGAGGUUCUUGAUUUUUUUUCCUCUUUGAAAUCAAUGGGUAUUUCCCUUUCUUUGCUUUUAUCAACACGGGAGGAAAUCCUUGAACACAAGGUUUUUGGUAGUUUUGAUAAUGGUGGUGAUUCCCAUGAAACAAAGCUUGAACAAUCUAUUAAACCAAAUAGAAUAGUUAUACCAAAAAAACCCACCAUAAAGCUCCCUGAACCAGUUGUAUUUUCUUCUCCAAGGCCUGUAACUGAGCUUGAUUCUGCUGCAACUAAGCUUCAAAAAGUCUACAAAGGGUAUAGGACAAGAAGGAACCUUGCAGAUUGUGCAGUUGUUGUUGAAGAGCUCUGGUGGAAGACCUUAGAUUCUGCAGCACUAAGAAGGUGUUCUAUUUCGUUCUAUGAGAUUGAGAAACAAGAAACUGUGAUAUCAAAGUGGUCAAGGGCUAAAACAAGGGCUGCCAAGUUAGGAAAGGGUUUGUCUAAGGAUGAAAAAGCUCAAAAACUAGCACUUCAACAUUGGCUUGAAGCUAUUGAUCCGCGCCAUCGUUAUGGACACAAUUUACACUUCUACUAUGAUGUCUGGUCUGCAAGCAAGAGCUCACAACCUUUCUUCUACUGGUUGGAUAUCGGUGAUGGCAAAGAACUAAGCCUUAAGAAGUGUCAAAGAACUAGUCUACAACAGCAAUGCAUUAAUUAUCUUGGACCAAAAGAGAGGGAAGCAUUCGAAGUGAUUGUAGAUAGUGGAAAGCUUGUUUACAAGCAAUCCGGAUUACUUGUUAACACCAUUGAUGAUUCCAAGUGGAUUUUUGUACUUAGCACAUCAAAAUCCUUGUAUGUUGGGCAGAAGAAAAAAGGUGUUUUUCAGCACUCAAGUUUCCUUUCCGGUGGGGCUACGACAGCAGCCGGAAGAUUGGUGGUUUCUCAAGGAGUUCUUGAGGCUAUUUGGCCUUACAGUGGUCAUUACCUCCCAACUGAAGAUAAUUUCAAGGAAUUCAUUAUUUUCCUUGAGGAACAGAAUGUAGAUUUGACCAAUGUAAAGAGAUGUGCAGUAGAUGAUGACUACACCGCAUGCAAAGUUGCUGUUGAUGAAUCCAAGCAUGGGGAGAUCAAAGAUCCAACGGCAACAGUGAGUCUACAAAGUAGCAUAGGCAACAGUGCUGCCAAUGUGGAAGAACCAGCAUUCAAUAUGGCGAACCGUUUGUCUUGCAAGUGGUCAAGUGGUGUUGGCCCUCGAAUUGGUUGUGUUAAAGACUACCCCAAAGAGCUGCAAUUUCAGGCAUUGGAACAAGUCAACCUAUCUCCAAGGAUUGAACAUGGUCGCUUCGGAAACUGUGGUCCGAUACCUUCACCAAGACCGAGCCCCAAAAUCCGUGUCUCACCAAGGCUUGCAUACAUGGGACUCCCUAGCCCAAGGGUGUCUGUUAUGGCUGCCAAUUGAAAACUUAGUGAGCAUUCACCAAAUGGUAGGAGGGACAAAAGUUGAGUUGAGCACUUCUUAUGCUCACAAUUUUGGAAUAAAAGUGUAUAUAACAGAUAGUAAAAAAAUGUAAAAUAGGUAGAAGGGAAGGGAUCUAACCGAACAUUCUUUGUUCUUUGAUUUGUUUUAUGCAUUUAGGCGCAGUAACCCCAUUUGUCC